CUGUUUGGCACUGCUCCAGUACUGUUCAUAUUAUCCUUGUUAAUUUAUUCAUUGGCUCUUCAUUCUUUUAUCUUGCGCCUUAAUCCACUCAUGGCUGUCAAGGAAGUCGCUUUCGUUUUCGCCUGCUGGCUUUACCUUGCAAGUGCUACGUUCUGCAUAAACAACGAUGACUGCGGAUUUUUGGAGAAGUGUUGUAAAGAUAGCGUUUGUAGACAGAAGUGCGACUAUUGCUCUUUCAAUUACCAGUGUGGAACUGGAGAAUGCUGUUGGAGUGGCGACUGUCAGAAGAAAUGCUCGGAUGGCAAGUGUAGAAAAAACUGCGACUCUUGCUCGUACAGUUCGCAGUGUGAUUCUGAUGAGUGUUGCGAUUCGGAUGACACCUGUAAGCUGGUUUGUACUCAUAGCCUCACUAGCGCAGCCGUUGCAGGUAUUGUCAUCAGCUGUUUGGUUAUCGCCGCUAUUGUGAUUUCCAUCGUGGCUUGCUGCUGCUGUGCUUGCUGUCCAUAUUAUCGUACCCGCCACCCGGGAACAGUUGUAGUCGCACAACCUAUGGGCGGAUUCAUUGCAACAACUCAGUCAACACAACAAACUAUUCAGCCGCCGCCAUAUGGGGGAUACAAUCCUCCACCCCCGGUAUACAUGCCUCCACCCGCGGGAUACAACCCGCCACCCGCAGGAUACUAUCCACCUCCAGUUGCAGCAUCUUAA